AUGGAAGAGAGUACUUUGUUGCUUGAAAGCAUUAAUUUAGAAGGCGAUUCGAAUGUGUAUAUCAAAGACUUAAAUGUCUUGUUUGUAUUUACAAUGCAAGUCAGUGGCAACACUUUAUUGCAAAUAGAUGCUCAAGAAAUACUUUUUGAUAUCAUCUUUGUCAUUUUCAAAGAAAAUUCACAACUUGUUAUGUACAGUACAAAAAUAUUUAAUAGGAACAAAGUCGCACUUUUUAAUGGCGAAGUAUCUUUUUAUAAUAAAUCUCAAUUUGUACUCAAACAAAAUGUCAAUUUGUCAGUCACAAUUCGACUCUCGUUCUUUGAUUAUUCACAUUUUAAACUGAAUGGGUAUAUCCAUUCAUCCAUUCAAGAAAAUUUGGACGAGGAAAACGGACUGUUUUUUUAUGAUCACUCAACUCUUGAAAUUUUUGAAUAUUCCCGAAUCGAAAAUUUUAGUUCCAUUGUACUUGAAGACUUAUCAAAAGCAUAUUUUACAGGAGACCUAUUUAUUGAAACUGCUCUAUUUUCAUUAUAUGAUUCAUCAGUAAUAAUAUUUAGCACUAACUUGACUUUACGUGUUAAUUCUCGUAUACAAUUUUAUGACAACUCAUCUGCAACAUUCUUGAAUAACGUUACAAUGCACAUCUUCUUUCCAACAGCAAUUCCAGAUGAUUUAUUCUCGUUUUGCUUAUUGUCGUUCAACGAUCACUCACAAGUUGAAUUUAGUUCAACGACAUUUUUGAGUGUUAAUUCUUGUGUAGAGUUCGCCAAUUAUUCUUCUUCGAUAUUUCCAAAUGGCUCGCAAUUUGAAAUUUCAAAUGGGCUGUUCUUCUAUCGUGGAAAUUCCUCAGAACAAGAAAAGAUGAAAAUUUUGAUAACAUCGGGCGCCUUGUUUUAUAUAUAUGGUAAACAGUACUCCACUUUAGAAUGUCAAAAUAUAAUUUUUUUUUCAACGGAAUAUCUAGUGAGGAGGUGUUGUGCAUUUUAUUUGGGGUCAAAUAUUAAUUUUACAGUUAACAAACCUUCUAUAUACGAAAAGCCACUGUUCACUGUUUUGAAUGGAGGAGUCUCUAUCUCUCCAUCUUCAAUUUACUCUGAAAGGUGUUUUGAUAUUCUUUCACGAUCAAAGCCGUAUAACAUUUUGAACGCAGGAAGUGAGUUUUUGAUUACUUUAGCUGAUGGGAAGUUACGUCGAUAUUGUCCAGAGAACACACCUAAAAUUGUGAACACUUCGGUGUAUCAAAAUCUUUUGUUUAACAAAGAAAUGAAUUUAAUGACGGACGUCUACUGUCAUAUGAAUGGAAGUGUAAUGCAUACAAUUUAUUUUGACCAUAGAAACGACUUCGGCUUUUCUAAUCCGCACUGUCCUUAUAAACAUAAUGAUACGUACCCUUUACUAGUCAUUGCUGAAAAAUCAAAUAUUGUAAUUCCAAACGAAGUAGACCAGAACUUAAGUAUUCACUUCAUGCAAAAUUUCUUAGUAAACGUUCAGGUUCAAUCAACACGAAGAACAAAAAUCACUGGAAAUUUUGGGGUCGUUGGGAAGGAAAAGAUGUUUAAAGUGCUCAUCCCGUCGUGUUUAAAUUAUAUAGAAAGAAGUGCGACUUUCUCUUAUUUAAAUUCUACUUUUAUAGUAAAUUGUGAAGAUGUACAUCUUCCACUUAACGACUCUGUUUAUAGCCGAGUUGGCAUUGGUGAUGACAAUUAUCGAGUUAAAGGAUUUUCUAAUAUUCCACUGGUUUUAUAUAUAACACAGCAAACGAUUUACACAACUUUCAGGAUAUAUAAAUGUACUCAAGGAAUACUUUUACUCACAAAUACAUACAUUCAAAGUGUAUCUGGCAAGUUAUAUGAUAAUGUAUAUUAUUAUAACUCACAACUUUUGGGUGAUGUCAAACAUGAAGGUAAAGAUUUACAAAAGUAUUACUAUGAUAAAACAAGUGGAUAUAUAGAAUGUCCAACAAAUAGUAUUUCCUGUG